AUGGAGAGGGUCGGUAGGGAGGGUCGCAUCGCACCGCAUCGCAUCGACUCGGAGCCCAGAGAUUCAUUUGUGGAUGAAGGCAACAACUCGUCAUCGUUAAUAUCAGGUUCAAAGAGAGUCGCAGUCGCAGUGGCAGUGGCAGCGGCCCACGCCCGCGUUAUGAUUUUGUGGCCAUUUUAUAACUAACAACAUUCCAGAGGCGCCGCCAACAACAGAGAGAGAACAGAUAUACCCAUAUGCCCAUUCCCCACAAAGUCCAGAUCCCAGUUGCCAGUUUGCCGGUUUGCCAGUUCCAGACCCUGUCCACAGGGCCACACACAUCGAUUGGUGGCCGUUCUUUGUGGGCCUUUGAGUGGUUGGGGGGUAAAGUGCAUUUGAACGCGCUGGCUGUCUGGUGACAGAAGCAACGGCAGUAAGAACACAGUAGAAGGAGAUUCUGGGGAGUAGCAGCGAAGAGAGGAAAAGGUAGAGGGAACUUCAGGGAUGAUA